ACGCCACAUGUUCUUGGAGAGCUUGACCUUGGAAUUUGUUUCAAUUUGAGCACCUUUGACAUUCUCAAUUGGAAAGCUACAGAAAUUAGCUCUUUCAGUUUGCGCUUGGAAUUUUGUGUCAUUCUUCAGCAUCUUUAUGUUCUUCCGUAGCGUUUUUGCGAGUUUUUCCUCAAGCCACUCAGGGACGCUUUUUAGCUCAGGGGUGUCGGCAUUGCCAUGGCGCUCAAAUCCGGUGUAUCCGCUUGCCUCAUCCUUGCAUUGUGCGUGAGCUGCGAGAACCUCGGCAAGGAGACUGAGAAAAGCCGAGCGCCUUUCCUCCCCAGGUCCGAGAACCUUGGCAAGGAGACUGAGAAGAGUGGAGGAUUCUGGUUCCCUCGGUCCGAGAACCUCGGCAAGGAGACUGAGAAGAGCGGAGUGCCCUUCCUCCCUCGGUCCGAGAACCUUGGCAAGGAGACUGAGAAGAGUGGAGGAUUCUGGUUCCCUCGGUCCGAGAACCUCGGCAAGGAGACUGAGAAAAGCCGAGCGCCUUUCCUCCCCAGGUCCGAGAACCUUGGCAAGGAGACUGAGAAGAGUGGAGGAUUCUGGUUCCCUCGGUCCGAGAACCUCGGCAAGGAGACUGAGAAGAGCGGAGUGCCCUUCUGGCCUCGGUCCGAGAACCUCGGCAAGGAGACUGAGAAGAGCGGAGUGCCCUUUCCUCCCUCGGAGACUGAGAAAAGCGGAGCGCCUUUCCUCCCUCGGUCCGAGAACCCUGGCAAGGAGACUGAGAAGAGUGGAGUGCCCUUCCUCCCUCGGUCCGAGAACCUUGGCAAGGAGACUGAGAAGAGUGGAGGAUUCUGGCGAGCUGAGCUGCGCUCGCUCUUCCGAGCUGCCGUGGUGGACGUGACGCCCAAGGGAGGCAGUGGCUUCUUGAGAGCCCGGACCACCAGCAAGGUCUCACAUGUCCAAAGUUACAUUGAGGUUUGUUCUGGUGCUGGUUUUUCUGGCCUGGGGUUCAAGCAUGCCGGUUUUCACCCAAAAUGUGCUGUUGAGUUGCAACCAAAAUUGGCAGAGCUUCACCGCAGCAUUCACCCAGGGAUCCCAGUCAUCAAUGCAGACAUCACGGAUGAUCGAACGGCAGCCUUGAUUCACCAGGUGUGCCCCGAGCCCACUACGCUCAUGGCUGGAAUAGCCUGCCAGCCUUACAGCCGAGCUGGAAAGCAAGAUGGAGGCAGUGAUGUUCGAGCAGCCACACUCCCUGCAACACUGAGGUUGGCAAAUUUUUUGCAGUCUCCCACCCUGGUGUUAGAAUGCGUAGUGGCAGCAAGGUCAAAUGAAUACGUGCUUGCACACAUCCGUGAGUUGGAGUCUCAAAUGGGCUUUCAUGUUGUGGACUGUUGCAUGAAGUUGGAAGAGGUUUGGUCUGGUAUGAGGUACCGAUGGUGGUUGAUUGCCACACACCGCAGACUUGGCCGUGUCCUUGUCCCUUCCUUCCCAAAAGGGUCACCGUUGGUUGUACGGGAUCUUAUGCCUUACACCAAAAGAUGGAGUGAUGAAGAUGAAGCCCAACUUGCCUUGACCCAACAAGAAAUCGAAAGAUUCCAACUUGGGGGUGAACCCUUGCGGAAAUAUGUCGUCCAACCGGACCAAAAGCUGCCAACAGCCUUGCAUAGUUGGGGAGGACAGACUCAGGCAUGCGCUUGUGAAUGCCGGCCACAGGGUUUUGCUGACCUCACCCUGCAAUCACGUGGACUUUUUGCUCAGCUGCUUCAGAUCCCUGGGUUAAGCAAUCAGAUCAAGUACCGUCACAUGCAUGCCUGUGAAGUUGCCAUUCAUAAUGGGGUCCCACCACUUCAACAAUGGAGCAGUGAUGCCAGACUGAAUCUGUGCGCAGUUGGGCAAUUGGCCAGUCCGUUUCAUGCAACAUGGGUAGCAACAGCGAUCCUCGCCCAUGUUCAAAAGCUUUUUGGACAUGACGCCCCAUUGGAACCACUCCGGUCACUGAGCAGUUUAAAACAUGUGGUUUUGCAGCAGAGCAAGGAACUUUUCCCUGCUAUCCCACGUGCUGUGCAGUUGCCAACAGAGGAACCCAGUGCACCACUUGGUUUUGCAUCGCCAAGUGGAAAACCUCAGGUUGAAGUCUCUGACAAUGUCGGAGCCACAGUGACAAUCAUGCACCAGCCUGAUAGCACAGUUCGACACUUGCUGGAAGCCGAAUGUGACUUGAUGCAUGUGCCUUUGUAUGAAGUCCAGGUGUGUACUAUGGAUGGUGUUGCUUUGCCAGCUGAUGCCCGCCUUUGUGAACACAAAGCCAUCCUGUUGAAAAAGCAUGGAUUCGAACCCCCGACAUGUGCCCAGCCUGACCCGGAAGUGCCUUUCAUGCCUGAAGACAUGGUCCCAUACCAACCUGAAGAUGUGGUUGCCAUGAAUGCACCUGCAGGUGAUGUUGCCACACAAGUUGAUUCCGAUGUUGACAUGUCAUGCCAUGACCAUGUUGCCCCUAUGCCCAUUGAACAUGUCAGUGUGCCCACCACCGUGCCGCCUACUGUUCUCAGUGAUGAAUCAGUACAGGCACUGCUGCAGUUGUCCACAAGUGGUUUGCUGGCCAUGGUACCUCCACUAGCGCCUGAUGUCGAGCUGUGUGCCACCCUGAGGUCCCAACGAGUCUCUUGGACUUUCCGAGACCAAUUGUUGACCAACCAGGCGCAUGUUUGGGCGGAUGAUGAAUUACUGUGGCACAUCCAGGCCACUGUGAUGUAUGCCCAAAAAACUGCAGUUCUCCUUGACCCUUUGCUUGCAACAGCUUGGACUCAACAUGGGACCGUGGAAUCUGUUCACGCAUGGAUCAACACAGUCGCAGAACCAACUGACCGGUUUGUUUCAGCCGUCCUGAUGAAUGGUCACUGGACCCCUGUUGUCUGGGUUUUGAAGUCAGCCUGCCUUGAAGUGCACACAUACGACCAUGAUGAUGUGGACUUGAAUGGGUUGAAUCGGCUUCAUGGACUUUUAUGCCAAGCCUUUGAUGUCCCGUCUUUCACCGUGUCUUGCCUGCGUCGGUCUUUCGGUGUCAACAUGUGUGGAGCCGCAGCAGUUGCUUUCCUGAUUGCCCAGCUCAACUACUCAGCUUUGCCCCGAAAUGAUGAGGAACUGAACGAGCUUAGCACUCAACUUCGAGCCCAGUUUCGAGUCUCCCACAUGUCUGCAGUCAGUGUCCGUCGGCCGUGGUGUUGGGGAGCUGGAAGUGAGGAGUUGCCUACACUCCUUGCCACGCUCCUGCAGUUUCAUGGUGUGCCUCAGACAGUGUCCAAGCAACGUGCCAAACUCGUCAUGCAGAGCCUUGGAAAAGACCAAGUCAGAACAGCACUUGAAGGAGUUUCUCCGUGGAAAAGCCUCAAGCAACUUGCCAACCUGCACAAGCCGGUCAUUCAGUUGGUCAUGCCGGAUGAACUUGCCAUGGUUGUCCAAGACCGCAAGAAGAAGCCAGCCACCAAAGACAAGCAGUCUCGCCCGAGACAAGUGCCAGCCAAGCCAGUUGACCUUGAUCCAAGCAGGUUGCAACUUGAGCCGGAUACGUUCUGUACAACACCUGAUGUCAUGAUGAUGCAGAUCCCACUGACACAAGUUGGACCUCUUGCCACCGGUGUUGCAUUGGUGACCCAUGCCGAAGCCAUGCCUUUCCUACAGGCAAACCAAGUGCUGACAGCUAAGGGACUUGCACUGCUCAUUGUCAAUGGCCCAGGUGACAUCCGCACAGACCUGCAAUCCUAA